UUUUUUGUUUUACCUUCUCAAUUUCUUUAUUUGCUUGUAUAUUUUCAGAAUGUAUCACAAUGCUAUUUACUGUAAAGACAUGAAUGUACAUUGGAGUCUGAUUACACAAUGAGUAGUCCCUAAUUCAUGUGCCCCUUACUCUUGUUGUGGACACAAACUGAAAUUGUGAACUUGCUUAUUCAUCAGGUUUCAGGACAUUUGAAUGACAAAACCUGUUGCAGUCCGAAUGAGGUAUAAAAGGCGUCCGUGAGCCUACACACGGCAGUUGGAUGGAAUCCCAGGUCGACAACCCUUCAAACAUGGGCAAGGUACAGUAUGUUACAUGGAGAACUGUUUGAAUAAACUAGAAAUCUUUUUUUAAGGUUCUAACUAGAAAUUACAAACUGAUAACUUCCAUACUUUUGCUUUUUGUUCUGUAGAUUAUUUUUUACGAGGAGAGGAACUUCCAGGGGCGCUCUUAUGAGUGCAUGAGCGACUGCCCCGACAUGUCCUCCUUCCUCAGCCGCAGCCACUCCUGCAGAGUGGAGAGCGGCUGCUUCAUGGUGUACGAGCGUCCCAACUUCAUGGGCAACCAGUUCUUCAUGAAGAGGGGCGAAUACUCCGACUACACCCGCAUGGGGCUGACUGAUUCCGUCCGCUCCUGUCGCAUGAUCCCCAUGCACAGAGGAUCUUUCAGAAUGAGGAUCUACGAGAAGGAGAACUUCGGAGGUCAGAGUAUGGAGCUGAUGGAUGACUGUGACUCCAUCAUGGAUCGCCAUCGUAUGUCUGACUGCCAGUCCUGCAACGUUAUGGAUGGCCACUGGCUCAUGUAUGAGCAGCCCCACUUCAGAGGCAGAAUGAUGUACAUGAGGCCUGGAGAGUACAGAAGCUUCAGAGACAUGGGAUUCAGCAACACCAGAUUCAUGAGCAUGAAGCGCAUCACUGACCAGUGCCAGUAACAAGGACAGAGAUAGAAUGUCAUUCUUUAAGAUUCUAAUUCACUUGCUGAUUCAUUGACAAGUCAUUUUGCUGUGUUACAAAUGAUUGUCUUUGGAUCUAAAAAACAUUCAAGCAAAAUUCACAAAUAAAACAUUUGUAAUAACAAAACAUACCUGCCUUUCCUGAUUUUACUAGUGGGUACAAAUGCAUAGC